AAUAAGAAACAGCCCCAAACAGCCCAUGGGGCAUCUUUCAUGAUUUUAAUGAAGUAGAAACAGAGGAGAUGUAUAUCAUAACCUCUGGAUAGAACUAAUAAGUACUUCACCUUAAAAUAAAGUCCAGAGACUUCUUUGUCAUACAAAGGAUUCCUAAUCCUAUAAAUAAGAGACCAUCUUGUAGUAAAACUUUGUAGAGAAAGGAGAGGUAGAGACCAGAGAAAAAGAAUGGAGAAAGAAAAGAGGGAUUAUAGAGCCCAUGUUUUGGGUUUCCCUUACCCAUGCCAAGGCCACAUCAAUCCCAUGCUGCAGUUCUGUAAGCGCUUAGCCUUCAAAGGUCUUAAAGCCACCCUUGUAACCACCUUCUUCAUCUCCAAAUCUAUGCAAAUGGAAUUGGAUUCCAUUGAAGUCCAGACAAUUUCUGAUGGGUAUGAUGAAGGGGGUUUUGUCCAAGCAGAAAGUAUUGAAGCCUACCUCACACGUUUUAAAGAAGUGGGUUCUCAAACCUUGACUGAUCUCAUCAAGAAGCAAAACUGCUCUGGCCACCCCGUCAAUUGCCUUGUAUAUGAUCCCUUCAUGCCCUGGGCUUUGGAUGUAGCUAAACAGUUUGGCUUACUUGGAGCUCCAUUCUUCACUCAAUCUUGUGCUGUUAACAGCAUAUACAACCAUGUCCAUCAGGGUGUACUCAAGGUCCCAGUUUCAGACUCAAUUAUCUCCAUUCCUGGAUUGCCACCACUGGAAGUUAUGGACCGGCCAUCUUUAAUUUCUGUAUCAGCCUCAUAUCCAGCGUACACCACGAUGGUCUUAAACCAAUUCUCUAAUGUGGAGAAUGCAGAUUGGAUUCUCGCCAACUCCUUCAACGAAUUAGAGAGUGAGGUGGUGGAGUGGAUGACAAAACGCUUGCCGACGCCGUUGCUAACAAUUGGACCAGCAGUACCAUCCAUGUACCUAGACAAAAGGGUGGCAGGUGACAAGGAUUACGGUCUGAAUCUCUUCAAGCCAGACAAGGGCAGUUGUAUGAACUGGCUGGACAAGAGGGCUGCGAGAUCAGUUGUUUAUGUGUCGUUUGGCAGCAUGGCAGCUCUCAGUGCGGAGCAGAUUGAAGAAAUAGCUUGGGGCUUGAGAAGGAGCAACACCUACUUCUUAUGGGUGUUGAGAUCUGAUCAGGACGAUAAACUUCCUGGAGAGUUUUUAAUGGAGACAGCAGAGAAGGGAUUGAUUGUUAGAUGGUGCUCCCAAUUGGAGGUUUUAGCUCGCGAGGCAAUAGGCUGCUUCAUUACGCAUUGUGGGUGGAAUUCAACUCUGGAGGCACUGAGCACAGGCGUAGCAAUGGUGGGGAUGCCGCAGUGGACAGACCAAACCACAAAUGCGAAGCUUGUCAUGGAUGUAUGGCGCAUCGGAGUCAGAGCUCGGCCUGAUGAUAAGGGGAUUGUAAGUAGGGAAGAAGUAGAACGGUGCAUAGUCGAAGUCAUGGAGGGAGAAAGAGGAAAACAGAUCAAGAAGAAUGCCAUAAAAUGGAAGAAUCUGGCCAGGGAAGCUGUGGAUGAAGGUGGAAGUUCAGAUAAGAACAUUGACGGAUUUAUAGCUAAAUUGGUGUCUUUGAAAUGUGACUGCCUAAGAAAAUGAGUGCAGUUUCGCAUUGUUACCACUGAGUUAUUGAUUUCCUAAAAUUAAUAAAGAAACAAAUAAAAGAAAGGGGAAAUCAAGCUAUAUCAACUAUAACUAAUGGAUCCAAAUGUUAGUAAAUACGUGCAACACGGCAACUGGUCGUCAGGCUCUGUCAUCAUUAUGUCCU